AUGGCCAAGAUUCGAGCCAAGGCGAGUUCUAAAAAGAAGGCUCAGAAGAAAACAGCCAUUCCUCCAAAGGCGUUGCCUGUCACGCUUCUGUCUGGAUUUUUGGGAUCUGGCAAGACGACUCUGCUUCAACAUAUCCUCCGUAGCGAACACGGUCUACGUAUCGCUGUCGUCGUCAAUGAUAUUGGGGCUAUCAACGUCGACGCUGCCCUGAUCAAGCAAACCCACCACCUCACGAAGACGAACGAGAAAGUCAUUGCACUACAGAAUGGCUGUAUCUGCUGUACAUUACGAGGAGACUUGCUGGAGGAACUUGUCCGUCUUGCACAGCUUCAACAGUUUGACUACAUAAUCAUCGAAAGCAGCGGUAUUAGUGAACCAGAGCAGGUUGCUGAGACGUUUGACUCUCGCCUCGCUGAGCAGAUGGGAGCCAUGGGCGCCUUGGAAGGUGUUGCAGGCUUGGACGACGACAUGCUCAAGGUGCUCAAUCAACUCAAAGAGGCUGGAGGCCUGGAAAAGUUUGCUCGGCUAGACACUACUGUGACAGUCAUCGAUGCAUUCACCAUGCUUCACGACUUCGACACUGGCGACUUGAUUUCAUCCCGCCGUAACGACGUUACGCCAGAAGAUGAACGCACUGUGUCGGACCUGAUGGUUGACCAGAUAGAGUUCGCCGAUGUCAUCAUCUUGAACAAAGUCGACAUGAUCGAUAGUGAAACCAAGCCUCAGCUGCUCAGCUUGAUCCAAAAGCUAAACCACCGCGCUAAGAUUCUCGAGUCUAGCUAUGGAAAAAUUGAUGUCAAAGAAAUUGUCAACACUGGCUUGUUCAAUCUGCAAGUCGCCCAAUCCGGCUAUGGCUGGCUUCAGGACCUCCAUGCCAUGACAGUCCGUGAAGUCAAUGGGAGGAAUGUAGUCACACCUAAGCCGGAGACAGAGGAAUACAAUGUCCGAAGCUUCAUCUACAGUCGACGUCGGCCAUUCCAUCCUCGGCGACUGUGGGCUUUGCUGUAUGACAAGUUCAUCCUACAACUUGAGUCCCCCGGGGGCGAGGAUGAGGACGACGACGACGAAGACGACGACGAAGAUGAUGACAUGGAGAUGAUAGACUACGAGGAUGCUGAGACCGACGGAGCCGCUACCAAAGUCGACGAGGACUAUGCAAUGUUAGAGUCUGAAGAUCUUUGUCCGCCUUCAAACGAGGUAAUCCUCGAGAACAAGCGGAAAAAUCCCACUCUUGGUCGGCUCUUUCGAUCCAAGGGAGAGUUCUUCCUAGCCACUCGCCCAAACCGCGCUGGCGAUUGGUCACAAGCAGGUGCCAUGCUAACCAUGACCGGCGGGCGCCCAUGGUUCUGCACUCUUCCGCCAGAGGAAUAUACCACUGGCGAUGAAGAGGUCGAUGGCCUUGUGCAGCAUGAUAUCAAAAUGGGAGGCGAGUGGGGCGAUCGUCGCCAAGAGCUGGUCUUCAUCGGCGAGAGACUUGACAACCAGGCUUUGGAGGCUAUGCUGGACGAGUGUCUGCUAACAGACUCGGAGUAUACCAAAUGGGAGAAGACAAUGCGAAAUGCCAAGUUGGGUGAGAGCGAGAAGCGGGAUGUCCUGGAGGACCUGUUUGAGGAUGGGUUCCCGGACUGGCCUCGGGAUGACGAAGAGGACCACGAGGGUCACGACCAUACUCACCCGACGAACCUUCGAUCGAUCAAAAACCAUUUGAAGCAAGAAGCAUAG